ACCUCUCUAAAAAAAAAGCAUUUCACUUUUGAUGAUAUUCCCGAUUUGACUGGAAAAGUUGCAGUCGUUACAGGAGGAAAUGCAGGAAUAGAAUAUAUUACAUUUAUUCCUGAGGGUGGAAUUGAAUUCGAGAAACUAAAUGAUCCAAAUGCACUAGACUCAAUGCCACGUUAUGAUCAAUCAAAACUUGCAAAUAUUUUAUUCACUAACGAAUUGAAUAAACAUUAUCUUGAAGGAGAGAAAAUAUAUGCUAACUCUCUUCACCCAGGUAUAAUAAGAUGUUUUUCACCAUUUUGUAAAGAAAGUGAACGAACUUCAUAUGCUGAAGAUGAUGAUUUGGCUAAAAGACGCUGGAGAAUUUGA